AUGGAGAGAAGAGACCCAGCCCCAAGUCCUGAUGCAGAGAGCGAGCGAGCGAGCGAGCGAGCGCGCACCUCAAGUGGUGGAGAGCUGGGGCUGACACCUAGUCUUCCCGGUGUUCAGGCCCACAGUGGGAGUGCCUCCUCCCACUGCCCACAGGGGCCUCAUCUGCAGCCUGGGGCCGCCCCCGGCGAAACUCGGCCCGUGCCCGCUGGCCUGGCCGGCCCUCUCGUGGGACAACUAGAAUCUGCUGAAAGGGGUGGGACCCGGAAUCUCCUGGCCCAGGGGCCUGCAGGAGGAGGUCAAAUUGUCUCUGUCUGGCUGCCUGUCAGGUCUGGCUGCCUGUCAGGGGAGGAGGAAGAAGCUGCUGGAGACAGAAGGAAGGAUGAGGAAACUGAAGCAGAGAGCAGCCUGCCCAAGGUCACCCAGGGAUUUGAACUCAGGUCUGUCUGCCUCUGCAGCUCUUGGCAGCUCCCGUCUAUGCUUUCAGCCAGCCGCGGCAUGGGGAAUGCUGGGGAAGGCCUUUCCCUUCCCAGGCUUCCUUCCAAGAACACUCUGAACCCCCAGGAGGAAGAGGUUGGUGUGAAUCCAGAUGCAGUCAACGCCAACCAGCCUGGGAGCGGAUCUGAAACCCCACUUCGCGGGACUGAGAAGUGUGUGCGACUGAGCCCAAGGGCAGCAGGGGAGGGGGUGGGGGGGUGGGGAGGAAGGAAGCUCAGCCUCACCGCGGUCAGCUGGGGCGGCCUGCCUGUUCCCAGCCUCCACACCACAAAACACAGGGCAGCAGAUGCUUAG